AUGGGGAAGAAAUCUGUGUAUGUUGAGCCGUCUAGGAGGGUUAAAGAACUACUUGAAGAAGAGCUUUACAUGCAGAAAGAAGCAUGCUAUGUUAAACAUCCAGUGGCAGAGGCUCUGGAAAGAAUUUCGAGCAUGAAAAAGAAUUUCUCCUUUGGAAGCCUGAAUCCUGUGCCACAGAACAGAAACAGUUUACUUUUACAGCCUCAAUUCUACUCAAGGCAUACAGGAAUGAAAA